CUCGCUUGCACCGUCACCGUCACCAGCUGCAGCUCCGACGGUCAGAUCUCGUUUGGCAGUGAUCUCCCAUCUCGCUCAAAGACUAGACGAACACUCUUCAAAGUCCGAGCAACAAAAGAAACUGUUUGAGAUAUGCAACGAUGGCGGGAAGCCGAUAUGAAUACGUGAAGAAGUUUGAGCUGCCCGACCCCCUUUUGCCUGGGACAUUCAUGGUCUUGCGCGUUGACGGGCAUGCAUUUCACCGGCUAUCCUCUGAUCAUGACUUCAUUAAGCCAAAUGACGAACGUGCUCUACAGCUUAUGGAUCGUGCAGCGCGAGAUGUCAUGAAUCAAUUUAAGGAAAUUGUGCUUGCAUUUGGCGAAUCGGACGAGUACAGCUUCCUAUUUCGCAGAAAUACGGUUGUGUACAGUCGCCGCCAGUCUAAAAUACUCACUAACGUCACCUCACUGUUCACGUCUUCUUAUGUUUUCAACUGGUCGCAAUACCUUCCAAACACUGCGCUGAAGUAUCCUCCUUCAUUCGAUGGCCGAAUAGUGCUCUACCCUUCUGUAAAGGAGAUCCGAGAUUAUUUCGCAUGGCGACAGGCAGACACUCACAUUAACAAUCUGUACAACACCAUAUUCUGGGCAUUGGUACUUGAGGGUGGUGAGACUACUGCUCAGGCACACGCCACUCUAAAGGGAACCAGUUCGAGUGUGAAGCACGAAAUGUUGCAUUCGAAAUUCGGCAUAAACUACAACACGCUCCCGGAGAGAUAUAGGAAGGGAAGCAUCCUGGUCCGAGAGGAGGUACUUCAAGAAGCGGUGCUGCUUCAGGGAAACGAAGCGACAGGCGAUCAGAGUGAUGGUGCUGCGAGACGAAAAUCCCAAACCAAGGUAAAAGUCAGAACCACUGUAGAGCUCCUACACUGUGAUAUCAUCGGCGACGAGUUCUGGGACAAGCGGCCUAAUCUACUUCUUUACUAAUGUCGCAGUCGUUGCCCACUGCGCUUGGUGAGAUC